CGCCCUCUCAUAGCAGCAGGCCCUUGUUGCUAAGCAACCCCGGUGGGAGAUUGACAGCGACUUCAGUUGAUUCGUUUGAAGAAAACUUUAUCGAAAAGGCUCGCGCUUCACAGCUCCGCUUCAGCGUCGUCACGCAGAAGAACGGGAAACUUAUAGAUAACGUUUACCAAACCGAUAGCUGGCAGUCAAAAGGUUAAAAUACAACACCUGGAGGGUCCAUUUAAACUGCUAAUCAAGACAUUGUCCGUCAAACGUUGGACCUGAACGCCCCAUCCGGACCGGAGGACUCGAUGCCGGACGUCGAACCACUCAGAUUCCCGUCGAGGGAAGAGCGACCGAACCAGCAAGAUCAAGCAGAGUUCCAGGCUGUCUGCACUGGUAGACGUCGCACAUGUGCUUUGCUCAACAGCCCCUUGCCAUGUGUCAACAACGCUAUUUACCAUAUCCAAGAGCUGAAGGGGACUGUGGAAGACUGGUGUCAGCAGUCUGGAAAAUAUCCACUGCGGAUCAGUCGGGAAAAGCAUCAACACAGAAAAACCUUCAGAUUCCAGUCCGGAGACUCCGAUCCCGAAUCAGUAACAUCUGUGGAAUUGUUCGUCGAAGGCAUUGCUAUCAGUGCGAGAGUUUGUAUUCCUGUAGAAAAAAGUUGUCCUUUACCGCCACUACUGAAGAAAAUAAACGACGUCCUCGGAGAGGUCGUGUAUCUGAUUGAGCGGCUGGAGGCUGAUCGGCAGCACACAGAGGAAGCUCUCCACAAAGAGAAGGAGAGAAAAAGAUUUUUGGAGAACAAAGUCGACAGUGUUACAAUUUGGAAGCAACAAGAACACGCUGUUGUGGUCCAAAGAGAGCACGAGGCAUGCAUCAGAGACAUCUCUAAGCUGAAGUGGCAGCUAAGGAGAGAAAGGGAGAAACUUGACCAAGCACAGGAGAAGCUGUCACUCACUGAGGUGUGGAACCAGAACUUACACGAGGACAUCAACUUUGCCCGAAAACAAAUUCCUAUUGUGAGAGAGAACCUGGAGCUGCAGAGAGGACUCAUAGAUCAACUCAACAGCGCCCAAGCUGAGGCUGAUGAAGUCUGCUCAAAAGCACAAAGUGAUCUCCUCCUGGCCGAGAAGGAGAAAAAACAGAUGCAGCUGGACACCAACAAGGAGAUGGCCAGACUGGAUAGUGAACUGUUGGCGAUAAAGAAUAAGCUGGAUAAAACAUUGGGAGAAUCCGACCAGUUCACCGUGAUCGAGGAGGGUCAACUGGCCCGGAUAAAGGACGCUGAAGAGACCAUCGCGCUCACAGAAAAAAAGUUUGCGGCCACAACAGCGCGCAUCCCGGAGAUGACGGAGCUCGAGAAGACGGAAAACGACGGAAUUCUGCAACUGAAACUUCAAGUCGAGGUUGAAAUUCAAAAGAAUAAGAAAUCAAAAGACAAACUAACCGCACUGCAAGAAGACAUUGAGAAGACCAGACUUCACGGGGAAGCCGAGGUUCUCUGCAUUGAAGAGCAGCUCCUUUCAAAACGUAACGCUUUUGCGGCUCUUCGUCAAGAAAACAUGGAGUGUGAACAGAACGUGGAGGACUACCGGAGGAAAAUGUCUGAGAGCGAGACGGCGGUGGAGCAGAUGCACGAGGAGAGGAAGCAGAUGCUGCAGAGAAUCGUCGACAAUGACGAGCGGUGGGAAAAGGCCGAGGAGGAAGUGACCCAGGUCGUGGCCCGGCACGCCGUCACCCGGGCCAAGCUGGACGAGCGGGAGAAGCUCACCUCCGCGGAGGAGCAGAGGACCAAGAAAGAGAUCGAAAAACUGCUGAAGGAUCUGACGGGUCGGAGGAGCGCCCUGGAGCUACUGAAGGGUCAGUGUGCGAAUAAGAGUGAGGAACUGUACCGACAGCAAAGGAGCAGAGCGCUGACUAACCAGAAACUCCAGAAAGAGUUUGAAGACGCGUCCACAGCAACCAAAGAACUGGAGACCACAUUUAUGAAAAUUAUGAAUCUGACAGAACAUUUUGAGAAGAUCCAGAGUGAACACGGGAACACAUUAGUCAAACUUGAGCAGGACAAACAACUCCAACGUGACCACCUGGAAGCUGCUCAGGCUUCGCUCGCCGCCGCCGUCGAGAGAUACGACGCCACCUCGGCCCGCAUCAGUGACCUGACAAAGAAGACCCGGGACUCCUGCCAUGCUUCCCAUCAAAUGGAGGAAAUGGUCAAAAGCAUGCCGGAGGUCAUAGCGGAGCUUCAGAGCGUCUUUGAUGUGGUGGAUUUCAAAAACAAGUCAGCUGCUCUCAUAAUGAGCACCUUGCAGUCUGAUAUUAAUAACUGCCAACAACGAACACAGCGAUCCGUGCAGGCACACACGGCUCACGUUGCAGCAAGAAAGAAGGAAAUGGAAGCCACCAAGGAAGCCCUGAAGGUCGCCCUGGCGGAGAACAGCGGUCUGGCGAGCGAGUACGAAGGUCUUCAGAGGUCCCUCACGGAGGCCAAGCGGGAGGAGGCGUCCGCGCUGAGAGACAAAAACCAGGCGCACAAGUCUUUCCUUUACUACACUCGGCUUUCUUUGUUGCAGAAGAGGAUGCACAAAGCUCUGGUGAAAUCCUUCAAACAACGCAGCCGCUACAGCCGGGCUGAACUGGACCGGUGCCUGGCUCUUUCUCAAGAGACCCCCCGGAAAAUACAAACUGCCCAGGACGGCUUGUCAGCAGAAAUGUGGCCCGUCGCUGCGCUCCUGCAGCCGCAGACGGACGCCUGCGACGACGGCGGCAUGAACAAACGAGCCGGCCCGGGAUGGAACGAGUAGAUGCCUUCAGUUCAAACGGCAGCGUGAUUGGACAUUCACCUGGACCAGACAACUUACUUACUUACCUUGCACGCUUCACUGUGCCUUCCCCCCCCCCCACCCCCCAGCCCCCUCUUUACUUGCAGCGAAUCCAUAACAAUGAAACAGGUGACUUUCAUGCUGCUGUCAGGACUGAUCUAAUUUUAGCUGGGUGAAUGAUUGCAAUUGGCUUUGCCUCAUCAGAUAAUUAAUCUAUGUCACCAUUAAUUGGAAAAGAGAAUAAUUACAGGCAGUGUUGACAGAAAUUCUACGCUUCUCCAGAUUCCCAGAUCCAAUUACAACUAGUGAAACCCUGUGACCUUAACCGGCACUUAGCGCACCUCAGGCCACCUUGACCGUGUCCGUGCGAGGGCCGCGCCC